GGAGGAUUUAUCGCGAAAAAUGUCAAGGGAAGUAUACAGUCUUUCUCUGUUGGUUAUAUAUACGAUUGGUUCUGAAUGAAAGUUGAUGUCUUUCAUAGAGCUCACUCAACCAAAACAAGUUGCAGAGGGUUUUCUUUACAUCUUUGUUAACAGUGACGAGACAGACCUGGCUUCUCUUGACUUAUUGUUUGUGUAGAGUUCACCCCCUUCAUUCCAGUACUAAAACCUUCGGAACCAGUCGAUUGCAUUUGGAUAGAGUAUUGUUGGUUCUGUGUAUGAUUUCAUGCUUCCGCCGGAGAUAGUUCUCGAUUGUUUGUAAGGACUAAGUGCCUGUCUGAAGUCCAAAAGUCAAAAGUGUAGUUAUUCAUCAUCAUAAAAGCUGGAGAUUAUUCCACUAAGCAAAAUGGCGCUUUGCCCUUCUGUCAUUGUUUUAAUGUUGAUGCUACUGGGUAUCAUAUCCACAAGUUCAAUUCCUUUGACGAGAGAUCAUGAGACAACUAAUGAUGCGAUGAGCAAGGCUCUUCGUUACAUGUCUGAAGUUCCACUUAUUGAUGGUCACAAUGACUGGCCGUGGCAGCUUGUUAGUCGGAUCGGCAACCAGCUUCAAUCCUUAAACCUAUCACAGGAACUGAACCCGAUAUGGGGACAAAGCUACACCGAUAUACCCAGACUAAAAGAAGGGAGACUAGGUGGACAGUUCUGGGCUGCAUAUACCACCUGUGGAUCUCAAUACAUGGAUGCUGUAACACACAUAAUGGAUCAAAUUGACGUCAUAUUAAGGAUGUGUGACAUGUAUCCAGAUGUCUUCCAGUUUGUUACGACAGCAGACGGUAUUUUGAAGGCUCAUCGAAAUGGUAAAAUAGCCUCUCUCAUCGGAGUCGAAGGCGGGCACAACAUCGACAGCAGCUUAGCUACACUGCGCAUGCUCUAUCGGGUUGGAGUUCGCUACAUGACCGUUACUCAUAGCUGUAAUACUCCAUGGGCGGAUAACUGGUUGGAGACUGAGAAGAAAGACCCUGAAUUCAACGGUCUGUCAGAUUGGGGCAGGCGUGUCAUAUUGGAGAUGAACCGUCUUGGUAUGUUGGUCGAUCUAGCCCAUGUAUCUCAUAAGACCAUGUCAGAUGCACUUGAUAUCUCCGUGGCUCCCGUCAUCUUCAGUCACUCAUCAGCCUAUGCCGUUUGCAACAACGAUCGAAAUGUGCCCGACUACAUCUUAAAACGCAUGGUGAAAAACGAAGGCGUCGUGAUGGUGAACUUUUACACUGAAUAUAUCAAUUGUCCCCCAGGAGAUAUAUCAGAUGAUAGGAAUUAUGCAACCCUUUCUCAAGUUGCAGAUCACAUGGACCACAUUAAAUCAAUAUGCGGCUGGCAAUGUGUUGGAGUAGGAAGUGACUUCGAUGGAGUACCAAGCAUGCCUGAGGGAUUGGAGGAUGUGUCCAAGUUUCCGAAUCUAAUCGCCGAGCUGAUAAGAAGAGGAUGGACAGAAAAGGAGGUUAAAGCUGCCAUGGGUAACAAUUUACUUCGAGUUCUACGAAGAGCUGAACAGGUCCGAGAUGAAAUGUCCAGUACCCUCCCUGAUGAAACUAGGAUACCAAUCCAUAGCCGACAUGAGAAAGAUAAUAAAUGCAGGACCGUGUAUUACUGGCCUCAACUAGUCCACAUCCGAGCGAAGAGAGACAGCAAUUUCGACGAUCAAAUGACCCAAGUUGAUGGCUGUUACUAAUGUAUUUUAAGAGAUAAUAGUAAUAAUAAAAAUAAUGAUGAUGAUGAAUAGUAAUAAUGAUAAUAGUAAUGAUAAUAAUAAUAAUAAUAACAUAAUAGUGAUAAAUAUUUGAAACAAAAUUCACAUUGCCUCCCCUAUUCUUAAAAAUGUCCCAUUUGUCUGGAAAAUAUAAUAAACUUAAUUUAUUACGUGCCCCAUCCAUUUACAAAAGCUUGGAUCCACCCUUGCAUAAAUAAGACCAUCUAUUCUUGGUCCUGAUCCUUAUUGAAAUGGUUAUUUAUCGUUAGACAGUAAAGUAUAGGACUAAUAUGACAUGUGAGCAGGGGCGGAAAUCUCUCCCAAAAGGUAGGGGGACAAGGGACUGGAAAAUUUGACAAGCAAAAAAAAAGUUAUCACCCCAAAUGUAAGGUCAUUUCGACCAAAAUUAAUUUGAAAAGCAAAAAAAAAAAAAAGUUAUCACCCGAAAAGUAAGGUCAUCUUGUCCAAAAUACUGUACAUGUUUUAUUUCGAUUUUGAAUGACUUAUUUCUUUUCAUCACAAAAGACCAAAAAUAGUAGGGGGGACAUUUGAUAUUGUGUCCCCCCCUACUAUUUUGAGUAGGGGGGCGCGUCCCCCCUGGGAUUUCCGCCUAUGCAUGUGAGCAAUAUUAUCUUCAAACCAAAGUUAAUUUAUAACUUUGAAAUGUGGAGCAAAUUAAUGUUCCAUAUUCGAUGUACAUGCAUAGUUUAUAAUUACAGAUUGUAUAUACUUUUCCCUAUCGUACCAAAGCUAUUUUGCAAUAAAAUAUAUCAAAUUUUAAA